AUGGAUUCUAUCGUUAAUGUUGUUGAAGACGAUGUUAAGUACGCGCAGAGAGUGACUAGCUUCAGCUCACCACAAAAUGCAAAUGUCAAGGUCUUCACCAUUCCCCGGCAUUCCUUCACAGCGUUUAGACUGUCGUAUGUUUCACCUACAGAGCUUUCAGCAUGUUCACAGGUGACUUUGCUAGGUGGUAUUCCAAAACAAUGGUACGCUGAUCAAAAUAAUCAAGUCUGGAAACUUCUAACUAAAAUUUCACUUCGGAAGGUUAGGAAGCAAUCUGACAUGCUAAGAAGAUAUGGCUAUGGAACAAUUUACAAAAAGCGUGUAGGGAAGAUCCCAACUGCAUUGUACUUAAGAAAGCACUUUACAUGGUCCUAUGAAGAUAAUACAUCAAUUCACAACGGUCAUCGUCUUAAAGAAGCGGAAAUGGAGAUGAAGAGAACUAGGUCAAGUCCUGUGCAGAAAAGUGAAUAUAAAUUAAGUCUACCCAGAAGGUGUAGGAGUUCUUCCGAUCAAAACUUCAUGCGACAAGAGCUUUUGAAAGAAAAAAAAUCAGAGCUUUCUAGAAACAAUAGUUUGCCUCUCAUCGAUACGGCGCAAGCCGUGGAUAUCCACCCAGUUUUACAUGAAGAAGAUCAAGAAAAUACAAAUAAAAGGAAUAAAUCACUCCUUUCGAAUUUGAAACGAAAAGAUCUAGGGGAAUCAAAAAGCAUAUCCAGAAAAGAUUAUUCGCAUUUUGAUAGAAUACCGAGCCCCUCUUCAGCCAGAAGUGUUGGAGAAACAGACUUUAAUUAUAAUAGAGAACCUUCUGAAGAUACUUUGAGAUAUCCCGACAGUAUAAUUGAAGUAACAAAUCGGACAAGCCCCGCCCCAAAUAGUAUUCUAAGUAGAUCAGGACAAUUUGUUAACUCGAAUGACCUAAGUGAUGGCUUUUCAACAUCUAAUACUAUCAAUAACGUGGGAUUAAAUGCAAAUGAAAAGAUUUUUUUUAAUGCUCUACAAAGUAUGGAAAAGGAAAACUUGAUGCUGUGGAAAACAUCCCAGAAAUAUGGGACUUAUCUCGAUGAAAGACGUAAAAGUGCGGAUGCCUUUCAAAAAAGAGAAAGAGGUUCAUGCGUGGACAUUGGUAAGUUGCAUUCGAGUCAUCUUCCGUUUAUUAAUAUCCUACCUCCAUGGCCUACCGAACUGACGGAGGAAGAGAGAAUUAUACACGAUAGGCUAGCCUCUAAACAUUCUCAUCAUAUAAGAAAACAUGUUCACAAUGCUCGAAACAAAACUAGCUGCAAAAUCAAAGAUAGUGUUGGAACUUUCUUAGGUAUGACAAAUUCACUAACAAAUAAAGCAACUGUCAAGAAACGCACCGGUCAGAUCCUUAAAAAAGAAAAAAUGCUAGUGAUGGUAAAAGAAGCUAUACAAAAUAAAGUACCACUUCCCAACUUCUCUGAAAACGAGUGCUUUGAUACAAGGGUCAGUGAACGGUGGAAAGAAUAUAUUGUUAUUGCAAGAUCCACGGGAAGAUUCGAUCCCCCGAUACUUUUACAGUUCUAUCGUCAUCGUCAUAUCCCAGAAAUCGAAGAUAUCAGUUCCAUAGCUACAAAGUAUCACCGCAACCCGUUGGAUUUUUUUCUUUCAAGAAAUUGUAUUGUAAAAUUCUACAGCUCUCUAGACAAAACUAUAUCCAUACAAAAGCCUGAUAAGCGGUUAGGUGGGUUUAUAGACGAGAGUAUUGAAAAGAAGGACGAAUUAAAACACUAUUCCCCCAUUAAAAUUUUUAUCUUAAGAUGCAGCAGUAUUCGUUCGUCUGGUAGAUGGUACAAAUUUCUACUAGAAUCUUUGGACCGACAACUAUUUACACCUGCCAUCAACUUGAAAAUUCCAUUAACUGAGAUCUCGAUAAAAAUAAACUUGAAUGAAAUUAUAUUCCAAAAGCUAAUAGAUUUAGGGAAGCAGGAAAAAGAUAGAUUAAAAAUAUGUUUUCUUCAAAGAGGUUAUAAAAUUUUCCAGCAUCCCAUUUUACGAUAUUUCACAGUUGCUAUUUUGGAGAAAUUAAAAUUGGCGCAUUAUGACUAUCUGAUUAGAAAAUGGGAUACAGAAAAUCCUGUACUAGGAUGUGCCCUGAAAAGAUAUGAUAGAUUGGAGUGGAUUCCAUGUGAUGAAGAUUCUCUGGUAACUGGAAUUUUUGCAUUUUGUCAAUCUCACCUAAUCCAGUACAGGCCAAUUGCGAAUCGUUUAAGGGAAACAAAAUCUUUAGAAGGAAAAUGUCUGAAAGAACCAACACCUAUUGAAGGUUUUUUAAUAAGAUUGACUGACAAGUAUGGCUCUGCGAGGACAAAUUUUGGUAAAUAUAGUAUUUCAACAGCUUACUUCUUCACGUGUGAGAAUUUGCUUUUUUCGAUGAAAGCAUAUAGAGCAAACCCACCAUUGCCUAUAGAUUCGAUGAUUGACGACACUAGCACAGAAAUAGAAAAAGAAGAAAUUUGGAAACAGUGGAAGAAAAUUCCAGAGGUUUACGAGCAACAACCUUAUCCCUUAGACACAAAUGAUCACAUCGAGUGGAUGAACUGUCAAACGACCCAAAGUGAAUAUGAUUCCAGAGAUUUCUAUGCUUUCCAUUGUUUUCAUAGAAGGAUUGAUCAAAUACUAAAAACGGACAAUGUGAUUGACCUAACUGAGGUGAAAGAUAUAUAUCAAGGAACAAGGACUGAUUACGAAGCAGACAAAAUAAAAUAUGGGGUUUACAAGGAAGCUAGUGAAAUCUUUUGGCAUAGAAACUACGAGAUUGAUGAUGUUUCACGGUCCGUAAUAAAUAUAGAAACCUCAAAUGGACUCCUCUUGAAGCUGCUUGCUACAUCAGCAACAGUUGCUGAAGAGUGGGUCAUAAAGCUGAAACAAAUGAUAUCCUAUUGGAAAAACAAGCAAAGGGAAGAUACGGAGAGGCUUUUAAAAAUAAGGCGUUCAAAUGCAGGUCUUUUGAUGCUAAAUGGAGAAGAGGAAACAAAAAUUGGUGAGAAUACAUUGCGCUGGAUCGUAGAACAUGGGCGUGCAGAUGAGCAAACCUUUAAUGCAAAUGGAAUAUCAUUAAGUAGGCCGUUAAUUCAAAAGGGACCUUUAUAUCAAAAGCCGCACAAGCAUUCUGUUUUCUCGAAGUACUACGUCGUUUUGAUAUCAGGUUUUAUUGUACUGUUCCACUGCUUUCAUAGAUCAACCACAGGUUUUGCUAAGGAAGUUUUGGAGUAUGCUCAUUAUGUAACCAUUCCGAUUGACGAUUGCUACCUAUACUCUGGGACCACAACAGAACUAGACCUUCUGCAGAGAGAUCGUACUUUUGACGAAAUAAACUAUGGAUCCCACGCUCUCCCACGAGUUUAUGGGGACGGAUGGCGAUCUGUAGAAGACGAGAGUUCGCGAUGCUUUACGCUUUGGUUUGGAACAAGGCGUGCCCUUUCUAGCAAUCGCUUACAGAAGAAAGGGAAUGAAAAGCAAUAUACGCAAGAUUAUGGUAGACAAGAUAAUAAUAUUGACCCACCUUCUGCUCCGGAAGCUGACUUGAAUAACUCUAAUGUUCCAAGUAACACAGAUAAGAUCCAUUUCACUAAAAAGUUAGGUGUGAGCGGCAAGUCAAUGGUUUUCAUGGCAAGAUCAAGACAGGAAAGAGAUCUUUGGGUAAUGUCUAUUUACUAUGAACUUGAAAGACUAAGAAGAACUGCGUCCACUUCAAAUUCACGGAAUCAAACUAUGUAA